GUGCAUUUGUCUCCUCCUCGAUUGUAGCAGGCAGCAGCUAAAUUGAAAACUUAUUUGCUGCAUUCAGAUCACUGGAAUUUCUGUAUAGCAGCCACGGCGUAGACAGAUCUGUGCUACCAACAAUCGAAUCAAAGGACAACCGCCUCGGUUUGCAGAGUAGAACCGACUCCUGCUGCUACCACCAUGGAUGAUUUAGAUGCUUUGCUGGCGGACUUGGAGUCGACAACCUCCCACAUCUCCAAGCGGCCGGUGUUUCUGCCGGACGAGACGCCCUACUCUUUCCCCACGGGAGGACCGGCCUCGCCCCCUGUACCCCAACCUCCCUCUGCUGAGGCCCUGAACGGAACCGCGCUCGACCCCCUAGAAUCCACCCGCUCAUCCACACAGUCCUACAGCAGUAGCUCCCCCCCCUUACCCCAAAGUGAAGACGACCACGUCUACAGCUUCCCCAACAAGCAAAAGAGUGCAGAGGCUGCCAUGAGCUCCUUCCUGGGCAGCAACUUGUCGGAGUUGGACCGGCUGCUUCUGGAGCUCAACGCUGUGCAACACAACACGCCCUCCUUCCCAACUGAGGAGGAGACAGCCCCGCCCCUCCCCUCUAGCAGCACCACCCACUAUGUGCAGGAGAACGGGGUUUCGGGGGCCGGCAAGGUGCCUCCCCCCACCAUGGAGAAGCCCAAGCGCAGCGUGGCCACCAGGGUCAUUGAAGACGUGCGCCCCAGCGUUGAGAGCCUUCUGGACGAGCUAGAAAGUUCUGUGCCCUCCCCCAUCCCCACCCCCUUGGUGGAGUUUACGGAGGGGGAGGAGGAGACGCCCUCCCAGCUGCAGGCCAGAAUCUCUGCCUCCUCCGCCACGCGGGAGCUCGACGAGCUCAUGGCCUCGCUGUCCGACUUCAAAGUCCAGAGCAAUUCUGGUUCUCAGUUGUCUGUCAAUAUGAAUACCCUCCUGAUCAGUCAAGGAUCAGAACCCGCCUCCUUGGAGACUAAGUCACCUGCAGCCCCUGCUUCCCCAGUAGUUGUAACCAGAGACCCAACUGGGCCUGGUGAUCUGCAGCUGGAGCCCCCCAGUGACACGUCCCACUCCUGUAACCCUGUUCCUUUAGAACUCCACAUAGAUGAAGAUGCCUGCUCUGGCCCUCCCUCCUCCACCCCCCUCUCAGCUGCUUCAGCCUCCUCCGUUUUGUUGGCCUCGUCCCAGAGCCUCCAGUACACCCAGAUUCACACACAGCUGGAAGGAGUUACUGAUCCCAGCGUGAGAACUACACUGACCUCCCACAUGGAGUCCCUCACUGUGGUCUCUAACACCACAAGCCACACUUUGCCAAAGACCCCCUAUCCUUCUGUUGCCCCCGUUGUAAAGUACAACAGUCCUGCAGUGUAUACAAAGACCACCAAGAUGCCUAGUCCAGUAACUUUUGCCAAGACCCCUAGUCUGGUACCUUUUGCCAAGACCCUUAGUCCCAUGACUCUUGUCAAGACCCCUAGUCCUAUAACUGUUGCCAAGACUCUUGGUCCAGUUAUGGUUGCUAAGAGCCCCAGUCCUGUUCCGAUUCCUAAAAGCCUCAGUCCUCUUCCAGUUGCCAAGAGCCCCCGUCCAGUUCUGGUUGCUAAGAGCCCCAUUCCUGUUAGUGUUGCUAAGAGUCCCACUUCUAAAACGAUCACCCUUCCUCAGUCAGCUUCCAUUGAUCCAUUUUCCCCACUGAAGGAGAAGCAUCCAGAAACACCUGCUGCUCAGCUAGCAGAGCCCCCUACUGCAUGUCCUGACUUGGGGAUAACAUGGCCAUGUCGGGAGCCCUUGCUGAAGGACACCCUUGACAGAUUGCUGUCCUUCGACUUUUCCCUGCCAGAGAGAGAAGUGGAGCAUGCCAAGGAGACUCAUCAGGACAAAGAGGAGCUUUAUGCCAUGGCAGGAGACAAGGAAAGGACUUGGGAGGACAAGGAAAGUAUUAACCCAAGGCACAGCACGUCCCUGGACGGGCGCGAGAGGACAAUGACCCCCCUUAACAAGGCCAGCUGGAUGGACGACUGUUUGACCCCCUCGACGUGCCCAGGGACCCCCGAGACCACCCUGGACCUGCCCCUGAACCAGCCUUCGGCCGUGGAGAGGCUGUCCACCUCGGGCCAAGUACGAUGCUCCCGUCCAACAGACCACCCACCCGCAACAACGCUCUCCCAAAAUAAGCUGGCACGCGAGAUUAAAGGCUCUAAGACACCGUAUGGUUUAUCUUUUAUUAGGCCAAGUUUGAGGCCAAAUCCCCACUUUGACACAUUUCAUCUUUCCCAUGUAUCCUGGCACUGGUGGUGUCACACACUGAUAGGUGUAACGGAGCCAGUAACAUACAGAGAUGAUAAUGAUCACUAAUAUAUAUGAUGCCAUUGGAUUUUUAUCUGAUAAUGGCUCAUUCUAGCCUGGUGGAAUCAGUCUGAUCGCUAAAUUCACCAUCCUUUUUCACUUCACUUAUAUGUCUGGGAUUUCUCAUCUUCGAGUCUGUCUGUAAUGGGGCAUUAUUCAAAACUAACUUGUCAGCGAUUGGAUCACCUUCAACCAAUCAGAGGAUGGCCUAAUUCAAAGCAAAGUUUGACUGAAUUGGUUUUUGUCCUAAACCCACCCACUGUUUCUGAGAGGAUGCUGAUUGGACCGUCAAUUUUCUGGCUUAUUCCAAAUGCCCAUCUUUUGGAUUAAGCAGCGAUCAGACUGUGUCCACUAGGCUCAUUCAAGUUCAACUUAGCUCUGUUACAGUAUGUCAGUUAUUAUCAAGUUGAAGUGAUUGAGAUGGGCUCUUAUUUUGGGAGAGUGACUCACAUGAACACAACAUGAGGACACAAGGACUUGAAUAUAUAGGGCAUCUUGUCAAAGUUUUACUUGAGAAGUGAUGCAUGGAGUUUGUAUUUUCUGCCUUGUGUAGAAUGUUGGCUAUUGUGAACUUCACAAGGAUAUACAGUGCCUUCGGAAAGUAUUCAAACCCCUUGACUUUUUCCAAAUGUUGUUAUG